CAGCUUGAUGCCCUCCACCUUCAUUUAGAGGGACUGUCAGAGUCUCCUCAGCCACAUCUGAGCUUCUGUGCGAGGAGUUCGACAUGGAGUAUCUCCUGCUCUUGGAAGGCGAAUCCCUCCACUUUGUUCCGUCUGUCCUGAAAGACUCCGAGGUAGCCCUGAUACAGUUCACCGGGUUCCAAAACUCCUCGGGCAACGAGCUGGUCGUCCUCCCGUCCAAUGAGAGCGAGAGGAUUCACUAUCAUGGCGGCAUGGUCUUCCUCUUGAACGUCACUGAGGAGGACUCCGGCAUCUAUACAGCUCGGCGGAACUACUCGUACCAUGUGUGCGAGAACUAUGACGUCGGAAGCAAAGUUGUGGAAGCGAUUCGUCGAGCUGACGAGCUACUCUUCUACGGAAGUGUAGAUGAUUCCGGAAGCAAUAAACUUGGUGUGUCCUGACCCAGUGGCUGAUAUCUGCAGGAGAAUGGGCGGAGCCUUCAGCUGGUACAAGGUCAGACUUUUAAAAAAAGGGUCCCGCUUAAUCUAGUCUGCUCGCCAACGCCCGGGUCUGGAUGUGUGAGGCGGCUUCAUGGGCCUGAGGGACCAUGUGGAGGAUGGGACAAGCCACAUCCUCAGCCCGGGGCUGGCUCUGGACUACCUCCACGUGGACGGCUCGAGCGCCGGAAAGGACGCCGGGAAGGUGUCAUCGACAGCGGUGUCGGCUUCCGGAGACUCUGGCCUUAGCGACAGCACCAACAGUUCGGAUAGCAGCAGCGCUAGCGUCAGCAGCUUCUUUUCCGAGGAGAGUGGAGACAGCGAGGACGAGCGUCUCCACAACGCUUCCACCCAAGCGCAAAACCGGGACUCCCCCACCAGGCUGGACCUGGCGGACAACCCGCAGACGAACACCGACUGCCGCACCAAAGUGGACUUUGCUCUGAAGCUGGGCUACUCAGAAGAACUGGUGCAGCUGGUGCUGCAGAAAUUGGGCCCGGCUGCGCUCAUCAACGACAUCCUGGGGGAACUGGUCAAACUGGGAACCAGGGCGGCCCCAGUGGAGCCACCAAGAGGUGCGAGGGGCUCUCAGUCUCCUUCAUCUUCUUCCGCGUACUCCUCGUCUUCCUCCUCAGUGGGCGGGCUGCUGUGCUCGUCCCAAAUCCUGGAGGACAAAGAAAACCUUCGGCCUGUGGUGGUGGAUGGAAGUAACGUGGCCAUGAGUCACGGCAACAAGGAAGUGUUCUCCUGUCAAGGCAUCCAGCUGGCUGUUGAUUGGUUCUUGGAGCGAGGCCACAGUGACAUCACGGUAUUUGUCCCCGCCUGGAGGAAGGAGCAAUCCCGUCCAGAUGCUCUCAUCACAGACCAGGACGUCCUGCGGCAGCUGGAGAAGGACAAGAUCCUGGUUUUCACGCCGUCCCGCCGCGUGCAGGGACGCCGCGUGGUCUGUUACGACGACCGCUUCAUUGUCAAGCUGGCUUACGAGUCGAACGGCAUAAUUGUCUCCAAUGACAACUACCGCGACCUGGCCAAUGAGAAGCCAGAGUGGAAGAAGUUCAUUGACGAGCGCCUUCUGAUGUACUCCUUCGUCAAUGACAAAUUCAUGCCACCAGACGACCCGCUCGGACGCCACGGGCCUAGUUUGGAGAACUUCCUAAGGAAGCGACCAGUCAUUCCGGAACACAAGAAGCAGCCGUGUCCCUAUGGUAAAAAGUGUACGUACGGCCACAAGUGCAAGUUCUACCACCCAGAACGAGGCAGUCAGCCUCUGCGUUCCGUAGCCGAUGAGCUCCGAGCCAGUGCCAAAAUAUCAUCUGCGGCAUCCAAAUGCCGGUUGGAAGACACCCUGACGGCCAGGAACCAAACGCCGUCUGACUCCGGCCGGGCAACCCCACAAAAAGCAUUAAGGUCCCUCACUGAGCUCCUGGCAGACCAUCUCAGAGUUCAAUCCAAAGUAGAAGAAUGCAGGGGAAGCGGUAGAAGCACUCUCGGUUAUCCUGUGCCUGGGAGGUUGCCUUUCUCAGGAAACCCAGAUGGAUGGGAUUAUGCACGAUCCUCAGGACCAAGACAAAGUGAUUAUCGAUCUGAGUCUCCAGUGUUGGGCUACAAUUCUCUAGUGAAGACCUCGCCUAUCAUGAGUAUUUCCACUCCGGAGAGUCCCGAGCACUUCUACCCUGUGGGUCUCCGAGCCAGGUAUCUACCCUUUGACUGCAGCAGCGAAGGCAGCUCAGAGUCCUUCUCCCCGGAUCUGGUUUUGAACGACAGGCCCCCGUGCCACCACCACCUGCGCCACCAUCAUCCUUGCCCCUGCUCCAACCAGUACAGAAGACCCAUAAAGCGGAGUCCACCUGGUCUGAGCCAGGACGCUUCACCUGGAAUUAGACAACUGGAUUUGGAUGUGGAACAAAGUCCUUUCCAGUCCAUUUCCACUCACGGGCGUUUGACUCAUCUGCCACUUCUCAGAAGAAACCCAGGAGAAUGUCUGGGUCCUGCACGUCAUCCACCCCAAACAUCCAUGUUUUCUCAGUGCUCCCACCUGGCGAGUUCCAUUUGGCGAGAGGACCGACACCAAGACUCCAGAGGGUACUAUCAAGGGUCACUGUUUCCUACCAGGGGGAACGAAUCUGAGCUUCAACAAAUGCAGACGAACUGGGACCAGCACAAUCAACAGCCGCCCAAACCUUGUUACGAUCUCUUCCAGCUCCAGGAUCUUCCAGAGGCUUCUGAGAAAGUCUGGUCCUCUCCACAGAUGAGCAGACAUUCGUCACAGCGUGGCCUCGCACCCUCACCACAGAUGUCUUUUUCGUCCCCCCUGCGAAUGAAAACACAGUCCCUGCACCGUGGGGAGCACUCCUCGGUGGCUCAAUACCAGGAGCUGCGGGAGAGGCUGUUCCUGAACCUCUGUGGAAUUUUCCCGGCUGAUUUGGUGAGGGUGGUGAUGAGCCGGAACCCGAGCGUGAUGGACGCGCAAGAACUGGCUGCCGCCAUAUUGAUGGGAAAAUCUCAGGGUGGCUCCUGAACAACUUUUGAACCCCAAACCCCCGAAUCCAAAAGACUCCCAAGGUUCAGGUAGAAGGUUUUCAUACUUGGUCAAAGUGAUUAAUCAGCAGUUUUUGGAAACAUUUUUUAGUUACGGAGAAAAAAAAUUCCGUGGCCAAGUUCCUAAAGCUCUGACAAAGUUUCCCAGUUCUGGGGCAUAGUUUCUCGUUCCAUGGCAAAGUGAAAACACCUGUCAUAUAAGUGCUAUUUCUAGUAGUACAUAUAAAUACAUAAAUAUGCUAUACUAGCACUUAAGAACCUUUUGGGAUUUUGUAACAUUGUAAAGUGAAGCCAUUUCCAUUUUUGCUAACACGGUUUGUGAGUCCAGGCUUUCAAGGGUAACGGUGCAUUUUUUAAGUAAUUUAUUCCUUAUAUUUUAAGUUAUUUAUAUUAUUACUAUUAUUAUUAUGAUUUGGGCACUUUUGUUUCUUGCUUUUAUUUUUGGGCAAUCAUAUCAGGGUAUUACGAGAGAUAACACAGCCUACCUCUGAGUAUUCGUGUUUGUGUCAGGUUAUUUUUCGUCGGUGUAGAUUUCCCCCCGAAAAAGGGAGGUAAACUCAGAGAGCAACUGCGAAAAAUAGAAAAAACAUCCCCUCAAAACUCCCUCGACUGAUUCCGCUAAAGUCAUUCAUUCUUCAGAAUUAUUCUGUGUUUUGAACCUAAAGCUUUGUUUAUUUAUGAACCAUUAUAUGGUUUUAAGAGGUCCUUGAAUGAGGUCCCUGAAGCCAUAUUUCUAGCCUAAAAGCUUCAGGAACUAUUUAGUUACAUAGUUCUUGGUACUUGUUAGUUCCUGAAACUAAACAGUUCCAAUCAGGUUCCUGGACCUCUCCAAAGUACUCAAGGGUAUUCGUUUGGCAACUAAAUUUAGAACACAGUUCCUGCAGUCCAAACGCAGAAAUCGUACUACUAAAGUUCCAGUUCCGGAGCAAUGUUUUCAGUUCCUAGUUCCGGUGUGUAAAUUGUUUCAUUCCGGGACAAAGUGUGGAGUUCUGGAGCAAAGUUUUUCCAGUUCGUGUGCAAAGUUUGAAGUUCUGAAGCAAAAUGUAUACUUCAGGGGUAAAGUUUCUAGUUCUGGAGCACAGUAUCAUCUUCCAGAGUUCCUAGUUCCCAUGGAAAGUUCCUGCAGAGGAAAUGCUAAUUAGUUGCUGACUUGAACAUUUAUUUAUUAUCAUUUUAAAACUUGAAAUCAUUCCUUAAUAUACAGACACACACGACUGCCACUUUUUGACAAAAGAAAUGUCUUUACAACAAAUAGAACAUUUUAUCAUCUGCUUUCCAUUCGAUCAAAGUUCAUUUUCAUCAUUUGCGAGCCAGAGGAAUAUUUGUCAUUUCACGGCAUUACAUUUUCAAGUCAGAUUUACGACUAACUUAUGCUUUUCUUUAAACGAACUUUGUAUUAGUCUGACAGUAUUUAAAAAACAAAAACAAAAUUGCUCCAGUAAACGUGGAUAAAUUGGUGCCUGGUUGGCAUAUGUUCCUGCAUCUUCUUUGUUGAUACAAAUUGUAUCAAAAUGACGAUAUAUACGUUUUUAUAUGAGAAUAUAAGAAACAGCUUGUGAAUUUGUGACAAACUUUGUCACGUGUUUUUCUAUUUCCUGUGACCAUUCCCGAUAAAUUAUUUGUCGAUGAUGAUGAUGUUGAGUUUUAGAAUGUCAUUUUUUAAUGUCAGGCUCAGGUGGGUGACAUUUACAUACGGAGAAGUAAAAGGUGUUGUCAAGUAACUUGUGUUAGUAAGAAAAGCAUGUAACAACUUUUAAAAGAUCAAAAUUCCACCAUACAAUGAGAAUCAGAUAAAUCAUCAAAGACAAGACGACUUCAUUUGUCAGUAGAAACCAUCAAAACAAAAAAUGCUGUGUUGUAAUUUGUAAAAAAAAAUAAUAAUAAAAUGGAAAAAAAAAUCAAAGAUGAACAAAAGUCAUGGAAUUAAGUAACAAAGACAAAAGGAUGUUGUUUUAUGAUUAGGAAAUAUCAACAAUGACAUCAAAGACAUAAUGAUGUCAAUGUAAAAAAAUUGGGAAAUAUAGACAAAAAAUAGCGUCAUGUUGUAACUGGGGAAGAUAAAAUAUACGUUGUUCGGCAGCAUCAAAGACAAAAUGAUGCCUUGUUGCAGGUAGGAUUAUUGUUAUCAUUAAUUGGGGACAUUAAAAACAACAUUGUGACAUGUUAUUCAGAUGUCAUCAAAAACAAAUGUCAUGAUGUCAUGAUUUCAGGAACAUUAAAUUAUGUCAUUUGGACACAUCAAAGACAAAAUUAUGUCCUGUUAUUAAGAAUAAUCAAAAACAAUGUCAUGAUGUCAAAAAUGUUGUUUUGUGUUUACCAAAAAUCAAAGACAAUGUGAUUUCGUGUUGUAUUUAGGAAAUAUCAAAGGCAAAAAUUGUGUCGUAAUUGCGAAACACGGCGGCACGGUGGACGACAUCUGCCUCACAGUUCUGAGGACUGGGGUUCAAAUCCCGGCCCCGCCUGUGUGGAGUUUGCAUGUUCUCCUUGUGCCUGCAUGGGCACUCCGGUUUCCUCCCACAUCCCCAAAACAUGCGUGGUAGGUUGUUUGAAAACUCUAAAUUGUCAGUAGGUGUGAAUGUGAGUACGGAUGCUUGUUUGUUUAUAUGUGCUCUGUGAUUGGCUGGCGACCAGUUCAGGGUGUACCCCGCCUCUCGCCCGAAGAUAGCUGGGAUAGGAUCCAGCACGCCCGCGACCCCCGUGAGGAGAAGCGGAACGGAAGAUGAAUGAAUGAAUGAAUUGCGAAACAUCAAAACAAUAUUAUGUCAUGUUGUCAUUAUGACAAAACGUUGUCAUGUUGUAAUUAAGAAACAGCAAAUUUUCAUUAUGAAAUUAAUAGCAAACAUCAAAGACCAGAUGAUGUCAUGUUCAAAUUAGGAAUAUAUAAAAGUCAAAGCAUGGAUGGAUGAUCGUAAUUGUGCUUUAAUACACAAAAUGCGGCUUUCAUCUGCAUAAACUGUUUUUUUUUUUGCUGAUUUGUUGUUUACGUUCAGGAUUGAAACAUCAAAGACAAAAAUGAUAUGUGGUAAUUAGGGAUUGGCAUCAUAAUGUACAUCAAAGACAAAAUGAAUUUAAUGCUUUCAUUUAAACCAAAAUAAUUGCAACCAACCCUUCCUGAAUGCUUUAAAAUGUUUUUUUGUUUGCUGAUUUGUUGUUUACGUUCAGGAUUAGCCGGAAAACAUCAAAGACAAAAAUUAUAUGUGGUAAUUAGGGAUUGGCAUCAUAACCAAAAUAAUUGCAACCAACCCUUCCUGAAUGCUUUAAAAUGUUUUUUUUGUUUGUACUGUGGACAUUCUAUUCUAUUCUAUUCUAUUAUUCUAUUAUUCUAUUCUAAAGAAGCUUUACGUACCCCAAAGCACAAAAAUUAAACUUUUCUUCCCGGUGCAAAUUGACUGUUUGUGUUUGUCAUGUUGAAAAUGAGCAAUA